UGUGCCCGCGCGGCGGCUGGCGCUCCCGACAACACUCAGUACAACAUUGAGCGCCAAGUGUUGUGAGCGCGCUAUAUCGGUUGAUAAAUAAUUAUUUGAAAAUCGAACGCGAUGCAAUGAAAAUUCAUAGACAUUGUCAUUGCUUUUUGUGAAUGCGUUUAAAUUCAAAUAGUUCGUGCAGCCUAACAACAAAACGUAGUUUGGUGUUCCAUUUUGCGUUCCGUUAUUUGCUUUCGGUGUAAUUUUAGAUCGAGUUUCGAAAGACAGACAAAAUGGAUCUGGAAUUUCGGAAUUUAACGUACACUGUUCACAGCCGAUUGUCUAAAGUUCCACGUAAAAUGGUCGUCAAAGGCGUGAAUGGAAAGUUUUCGUGUGGCAAAUUGGUCGCGAUCAUGGGGCCGUCCGGAGCCGGCAAGAGUUCACUCCUGAAUGUCAUAUCAGGGUACCGGUCUGCCGGAGUCACAGGAGAGCUUCUAGUCAACGGUCAGCCAAGAAAAGAGCACCACUUCCAAAGAUCAUCUUGCUAUAUCACGCAGGAGGAUCUGUUGCAGCCAUUCCUGACCGUCCGAGAGGCGAUGGACGUUGCUGCUAGGCUCAAGUUGCCUAAAGGCAGCAAGACACCCUCAGUGGAAAUACUUCAGGAGUUGGGGCUAUUGGAGCAUCAGAAUACUAGAACAGAUAAGCUAUCUGGUGGACAGAAGAAGAGGUUAUCAAUAGCAUUAGAGUUGGUGAACAACCCGCCAGUGUUCUUCUUGGACGAACCGACGAGCGGUCUGGAUACGGUCGCGACUACACAGUGCGUCAAGUUGCUGCGGCAGUUGGCACAGCAAGGCAGGACUGUUGUGUGCACCAUACACCAGCCCGCGGCGUCGUUGCUAGAUUUGUUUGAUCAGUUAUAUGUCAUCGCUGAUGGCUACUGCAUUUAUCAAGGCGACACCGCUGCCAUGGUACCCUACCUACAAAGCGUCGGCUUGCCUUGUCCAAGACAUCACAAUCCAGCUGACUUCAUUAUAGAAAUCACCGAGAACCUAGAAAACAUAAAACUACUAUCACAAGAAAUCCAACACGGAAAAUUAUACAAGUCAGCCAAAUUAGAGCAUUCGAGUGCAGAACCUGUUAAUCAUAUGGAAUUGAAACUGUGCUAUCAAACUGAUGGUGACACACAAGAGACAGAGAUAAUGCUGACAAAUGAAAACUGCACGUACAAAGUCCAGCAGUAUAACAACCCAAGUACCUCCGUUAGUUCGCUGUCAAGUCAUCUGUCCCGCAUGGACUCAUCAAUGACCUGGAUGAAGGUGCAGAAGUCGUCGGAUUCCUUAGCAUACGCGACGACCAACUGUCAACAGUUUUUAGUUUUAUUGAAGAGAAUGUUACUACAAAUAUCGAGGAAUCGACAAGGUCUUUGGAUACAAUUAGCCCAUCAUAUACUAUGUGGGUUGCUUAUCGGAAUAUGUUUCUUCAACAUGGCCAAUGAUGGAGCUCAAAUGUUCAACCAUUUAAAGUUGUGCGUCGGUCUAGUAAUAUUCUUCGCUUAUACUCAAAUUAUGAUCCCCGUGUUAGUCUAUCCUCAAGAAGUGAAAUUAGUUAAGAAGGAGCAUUUUAACUGCUGGUAUGGUUUAACGGCCUACUACGCAGCAUUGACCAUAUCAAAAUUACCAGUGCAAGUCACUCUCAACAUACUAUUCUCCACGAUAGUAUAUUUCAUGACCGGCAUCCCCUUUAAUGUAUCAAGAUUCGUGGUGUUCUGCUUUGUUGGGAUCAUCGUGUCCCUCGCUUCUGAAGGCAUGGGACUCGCAAUUGGUUCCAUGUUUAAUGUCACGAACGGUUGCGCCAUCGGACCAGCGGCGAUCGCUCCGUUCCUCGGUCUCGGGGUAUACGGUUUCGACUUCGCGCACGAAAUCUCUUUCCUCAUGAACAUGGUGAUGAAGACAUCGUUUAUCAGAUGCGGGAUCGUCGCCAUGGUGUUAACUAUGUUCGGAUUUAACAGACAACCUUUAGAAUGCCGCGAAAUGUAUUGCCAUUUCUCGAAACCCGACGUUCUCCUAAAAUAUUUAGACGUCGAUACCAGUUCGGUUUGGAUAGAAAUUGUAUCGAUAUUAGGCCUUUUGUUUGUGUUUAGAUCUUUAUGUUAUAUUGGCCUUCGAUGGCGGUUUGCUACGUGAUUUUGCUGCUAUUAUGGUAUUGGAUCUAUUAGACGUUAAGGCGCUUUCUCCAACAAAACGGCGCGCUAUCCAUACUUUUAUAAUCUAUGCAUUUAAAAAUUAUAAUACAAAAAAAAAAUGAACCAUAAUUCUCCAAUAUGUUAUCUUUGGUUGUUUAAUUUUUUUUUUAUAAUUCGGAUAUUUUUUCAUUAAUUUAAUAAGCAUAAUAAUGAAAAAAAGUUGGUUUUGUUCAUCUUCCCCUAAAGUACACAUAACCUUAAUCUGUAAUCAACAAUAUUAGAUAGAACAAUUAAUAAGAAAUAUUUUGAUAGUUUAAUAUUUUCAAAAAGACCUACACUUGUUAUUUAAAUUAUGCGUGAUUUUUUGCAUAGUCCUACCGCAAUUCGUGCGCCGUAUAAAUGUUUGGAACGAAUGCGCAAGGCUGUUUGCUCAGGGGAGGAGCCUUAAGUUUAUCUUGUAAGUCCCAGAUUCUUGCCUCCACUACAUAUAGUACUGUAGAGCAAUAAAUUGGGACGUAAUUUCCAAAAAAAUGCUAUCAUUUUACUGUGUAAGAUGAAAGCAUUGUGAUAACAUAAUUGAGUUAGUACAAAUGACAGAAGGCAUGUGAUAUUGAUAUGUAAGUUUUAAAAUAUACCGUUAAAUGUCAUUUUCAAAAACGAUCCCAAUCGCUUUUACGAUCUAUCUUAAAAUGGACCAAUCAGAAAAGUCAUUUUUGACAUGCUUACAAAUGAAUUAUUUCGAUUGGUUCAUUCUCGAAAUCGGAUUGAAGACUAAGAUUGGGAUCGUUUAUUUGAAACGGCUGUAAGUGAUACAGGUAUGGUAGAUGUAAAGAAAGGCUGAUAUUUUUAUAAAAGAUAAGUAUAAAAUGUAUGGAUGUUUAUGAUUUACGCGUUUCGCUCAUUUAGUUCGAAAUACAGUGAAAAUAAUUAUUUAUAUAUAUACUAAUGCAAAUGUACUGUACUAUAGUAUACUUGUGCAAAGUGUUAUUCCCUUGAAAUCCAGUAUGCGUUUGUAAUUAAGUAUUUCCUACAAAUAUCUUAGUUAUAUUAACUUACAAGUAAUUUCAGUAAUUAAAAGUUGAUAAUUAUUUAUGAUGUACGAUGUAAAAGGGAACUUGACUUAUUUUAUUAGGGUAUCUUACCUCUAACCUCCGAUACAAAAUCAAGUAAUAAAAUAUCGAAGUUCUCUGAAACAUAACCAUGCCUUUAAAAUAUUGUAGAGAAGUUAAAUGUAAAAUAGCAAUAUAAUAUCUGAAUAGUGACGUCAUCCACAAUUACGCUGCGCGAGUUAGAACGAGAUAUCAAGAUAACCCAAUUGAGCGUCAAUUCUUGUUAAUAGGCAUAUUUUAUAUAGGUAUACAAAUUACUUUUAACCACUUUUGAUGGUAUUUUAACAAGAUAAUUUUUUGAAUGAUGUGCUGUUACGUGCAAAAUGUUUGGAACAAUACGAAACGGCCCUAUUUUAACGAACAUAGAAUCUCGAACUUUUAUUAUCAGAUAUUUAUGAUUGCAUUACAAACUUUUUUAUUGCCUUGUACGUUUUUAUUAUUUGAAUCUGUGCUUGAUAUGGCUGUGGCUGUGCUGAUCCUUCUUUAGCAUUAAGAUAGUUCUGUAUUUCUUGUUUAUGUAUUGUUAUUAUCGUUAUGUCAACAGCGAUGUUGAAUUCCAUGAUUUAAUAGUACCUACAUAAGUCUUAGAAUUUGGCUUUGAUAUUUAAUACAUUUUGCAGCACUUAUAACUGUGUUAAGUCUCAAAAAGAUUUCUUUUGACGCCAAUACAAUCCAGUUUGAUAAUAUUUUUGUAGAAUCUAAUCUCGAAAAUAUUUGUAUUUAAUCUCAAAUAAAUUUGUAUAUUCUUACAAUAGCCAAAGAUACUGCUAUUUAUAUGUGUUGAAUUGCUAUUCUUAUAGUUAUAUCAUGGACACUAAACUGAUCAUGGGCGAAGUUCUAAAUGGGAAUUUAAUAACGCUUCACCACCGGCCCAUGAUAAUAAAAAAUUCCAAUAGUUAUCUAAAGAAUGAUCCUUAAAUAAACCAAUCACAAUAAGUAAUACGAAGAAACUUUAAUCUGAUUGGUCCAUUCUACGGUUCGUUCCGUGAUAGAUAUUAAGUAUUAUUAAUGAUUCCUUAUGUUUACGCCAAUAUCAGACAUGGUAAUUAAACUAUUUUUCAAAUAUUUUGGGGUUUUUUUAUCACCCUCUACCACCCCUUAAUUUGGUAUGUCGAAAAAGGGAGGCCGGAAGGGUGUAUAUAUGUUAUAUAAAGCCUAGCAUUUCCAAGUCAGAUUAGUCUCCAUGAAAUAACAAAUAUUACAUAGUGUUAACAAUUUACUCAAUGUAAUUGAUAGGUUCUGGUUAUUGGGUUCGUAUUAAGGCAAUACCUCUGUACAAUUAGUAAUUUAUCAUGAAAUAUAAGAUUUUUAAAUA